CCCGCCCCCGGCGGCUUCCGGCGGAAGUGGCGGCGCGGCGGAACCGGCCGGAGGUCCCCCCGCCAUGGAGAAGUUCGGCAUGAACUUCGGGGGCGGCCCCAGCAGGAAGGAGCUGCUGGAGACCAUCGAGACGCAGAAGCAGCAGCUCCUGCGCUUCCAGGCGCGCCUCAAGGACGUGGUCUGCGCCUACAAGAGCCUCCUGAAGGAGAAGGAGGCGCUGGAAGCCAGCCUGAAGGUGCUCUCCGCGUCCCACGACGGCGACCUCGCCGUGCCCCCGCCCGGAGCCGGGGACUCGCCGGACGAGCGGAGCUCGGAGCGCAGCGAGGACGGCGCGGGGGCGGACGAGGAGGACGAACCCGCGGCCGCCCCUUCGCAGCGAGCCGAGGAGCCGAGCGGCUCGGAGGGCGGGGAGCCCCGCGCCGCCGGCGAGCCCGAGCGGCGCCUGCCGCAGCUGAAGGCCCAGCUGGCCACGCUGACGGGCGCGCUGGCCACGGUGACGCGGGAGAAGUCGCGCAUGGAGGCCUCGUACCAGGCGGAGCGGCGGCAGAUGAAGCAGGAGCUGGAGGAGGCGGCGGGGCGGGCGCGGGACGAGGCGGAGCGGCGCGGCGCGGAGCUGCGGGGGCUGCGGGAGCAGCUGGCCGAGACCCGCGCCCGCCUGGCCGCGCAGCAGCGCGAGCGCGAGCGCGAGCAGGGCGACCACGGGCUGAUGCUGCGCGAGCUGCAGGAGCUGCUGCGCGCCGAGCGCGACGCGCGCCGCGCCGCCGAGCGAGAGCUGCGCCGGGCCCGCGAGGAGCCGGCCGACGCCGACGCAGAGCGGGCCCAGGGCCACGAGCAGCACGCCCGGCAGCUGAGCCGGGAGCUGGAGGAGCUCCGCAGGGAGCUGGACAGCGGGAAGGCGGACCCGCGGAUCCAGGAGCUGCAGGAGGAGAUGGCCGGCCUCAAGAACCACUUCCAGCUGCAGCUGGUGCAGGAGAUGAAGAAGACGGCCCAGGCCGAGGAGCAGCUGCGGCAGCGCUCGCAGCGGGAGGAGCAGCGCGUGGCCGAGCUGGAGGCCCAGGUGGCCCAGGUGUCGGAGCUGCUGGGCACCUACGAGAGGGCCAAGCAGAGGGACCAGAGCACCAUCCAGAGGCUCAAGGACCGCAUCGUGCAGCUGGACCUGGAGAACAAGACCUUGGCCAUCGCCGCCUCCAGCCGCUCCGUGGGCGAGGAGGCCGUGGAGGAGAACACCCAGGACGUGAGCGUGCUCAAGGAGAAGAUGGAGAAGCUGCAGAAGCUCCUGCAGGCGGCGGCCGGGAAGGGCCCGGCGGAGGCGGAGGAGCCGCGGGAGCCGGAGCCGCCCCCGGGCGACGGGGACGGCAACGGGGACAAGGCCCCGGGCGGGCACUGCCAGCAGGAGCUGAGGCAGCUCAAGGAGGAGUUUGAGCGCUACAAGGUGAGGGCGCAGCAGGUGCUCAAGAGCAAGGCCACCAAGGACAUGGGCCUGGCCAAGGAGCUGGAGGAGGCGCGGGAGCAGCUGGCGGAGCUCCGGGACAAGCACGUGCUGCUGCAGCUGGCCGCGGACGACGUGGAGAAGCAGCGCCGGCAGGAGCUGGAGGCCAAGAAGCAGGAGCUGUCCCAGCUGCAGCAGCUGCACCGGCAGGAGCUGGAGCGGUGCCAGCUGGAGUUCCGGGAGCGGGCGCUGCGGCUGGAGGAGGAGAUGCACAAGCAGCGGGACCGGGCGCUGGCCGUGCUGGCCGAGAAGGACCGGGAGCUGGAGCAGCUCCGCGCCCUCACGCUGCCCCACGGCCCCAAGGGCUGCCGGGACGGCGGCCCCGGGGACGCUCCCAGCCAGGAUUCCUCGGAGAUCCUGCCGCAGGCGCUGCAGCUGUGCUCGGGCUCCGAGCCCACCUUCUUCCUGUACGCGGAGCAGCUGGCGCGCAAGGAGGUGGAGAUCGCGGCGCUGCGCAAGCACAAGCACCGGCUGGAGGUGCAGCUGCACCAGCUCCAGGGCAGGGCCCUGGCCGAGGAGGACAAGCACCGGGAGGAGGUGGAGGCGCUGCGGGGCGAGAUCCAGAAGAGCUGCCGGGAUAAGAGCAGGGAAGGAGCCAACCUGGAGUACCUGAAGAACGUGGUGUACCGGUUCCUGACGCUGCCGGACGCGCGGGGCCGGCAGCAGACGCUCACGGCCAUCCUGGCCAUCCUGCACUUCAGCCCCGAGGAGAAGCUGAGCAUCGCCAAGAGCUCGGCCCACGGCUCCUGGUGGCUCCACGGGAAGAGAUGAGGGCUGGCUUUUGUUCCCUUUUCCACAAGAGCUCCUUCCCGAGGACUGACCAAAACCUCAUCCCAACCACGCCUGGGUCUCUCGAGGAUUUGGGCUCCAGUUGGUGUUUUUAGCACUAAUUUGCAGUGUGGUUGUGCCAAUUUUUCCAGCCCCAAAGCCUCCGUGGUGGGAAUUUGCUCCAAGUUGGGACUUGAUCUGAAAACCGUGGAAUUGAAGAUGCUGAGGUUUUUUAAAGAUGAUAUAAAAACAAUCCUUACCUGCCAGGCGUGGCAUCAAGUGGAGUUCACUUGGAUCUUCAAGCUCCAGCCAGGCUGGUGACUCAGGAGAUGAAAGGGAAGGUGGGAAGCACUUUAGGUGGAGCUAAAACAGCACCAGGCUGGGGAAGGCUCAGGAAGAUGGGCCUCAGUGCAGGAAAUCUUGGGCAUUUCCCAUUUUCCAGGGCCUAAUUUAACCAGUGGAUGCAGCUCCAGGCUCAUCCAGGGGCUCAGGCUCUCCUUCCUUCCCAGGGAUCCUCUCUGGGAUAUCAGGGAUUCUAGGAAGGAGAAAGGAUCUCCCUGUGCAUGAUUCCCAUCCUGAGGGUGGUGUUUUCCUGCCCUGCAUUUGGAAUUGAAUCCUGGCUGCUAAAGCUCGGCCCAGAGACAGGGAUAAGUCUGGCUUAACACCCCAAGGGGUCUUGGAGCCAAGUCAAGAGCAGGUUUGGGAGCAGCUCCUGGUGCUGCACUGCCCAGAGGGCCUUGGGAAGGAUCAGCCACUCCUGGCACUGCCAGGGACAAGGACAGGGACAUGGAACUUCUCUCCUCCUUGUCUGGCCUGGUCCUGUCAGCAGCCAAACUCCCUGGAUUCUGCUCUGGCCAGUGCAGCCCUUGGUGCCAAUUUCUCCUCAAAAAAAUCCUCAGGGAAAACGUGCCUGGGACAGGGCAGAGCCUGUCCCUGCUGAGAGGGGGACACAGCUGGGGGGUGUUCCCUCCAUCCGGGGAUGUUCCCACCGGGAACAGCAGGAUCCAGGCGCUGCCCUGAUGGGAGAGUUUGUCCCAGGAGUGUUUGAAACGCUGCUGAAGAAUGAAAGCGCUGGCUCAGCCAGGGGAGAGCCCAGUCCCUGCUCCCAGUUUGGAAGUGUUGAAUCAAGGGGUGCCUCUGGAGGGGCAGGGGUGGCUCCAACUCUUUCCCUGGAGCCAUUCCCACAACUCCAGGGGGAGGUGGAGCCUCCUCCAGCUGUGGCUUCGCUGCUCAGGCUGAGGGGAUGGAUCCCUGUUGUCCCUCUGCUCCCGCAGGAUGGAGUGACCUGGAAUGGGGUGGUGGGGACCCAGCAGGGUGGAGGAAUGGGGUGGGACCCAGCUGGGAGCAGGGGAACAACGUGGGGUCACAGCUUGGAGCAGGGAAUCAGUGUGGGAUCCGGCUGGGAGAGCAGGGACAAGGUGGGAUCUGGCUGGGAGGACCCGGAUCCAUCCCAGUCUGUUCCUGGCAGAGGAAGAUGAGGAAGCUGCUGCGGGGGAGCAUCUCCAGGAGUGCCCAGCUCCGUGUCACUGUCACCCUCCUGCAGCUCCCAGUGCCAUUCCUUCCUCUGCUCCCCUCCAGCCCCUCUCCAUCCCUCUCCCUCCUUCCCUCAGACCCUCCCCCACAUUCCUUCCUCCUCCUUCCCUCUCUCCCUUCAGCCAGUAUCCCUGAAAUAAAGGUUAAAUGCCUGUU